AUGAGCCUUCUUUCAAAAGUGUCAUUUUCGCGUUCGUUAGAACGCAUCCUAAUCUUGGUGUUCCUAUUGUACAAAGCCACAAAUUCUCGAGGUAUCACCGGCGACUGCCCAUUAGCCCCCCCUACUGGUUUUAUCAGGGGCAUCUCGGCCGGGAAACUGGACUUCUUUCGACUCGAUUUCGUUUCCGUAAGUGACAAACGCGGAUCCACUAGUAGACAGAAAUAAAGCUCUUUACAAACAGUGACAGUUUCUCUAUAAAUUCCUCUGCAAUGCCAGUGACUUUGCUUAUGCUCUCACUGGGUACUAGUGUUCUUUAGAUAUGCUAUGUUCCUCUUCAAAAUUUGCAUGUAGAAAGCGUGAAAUUCAACAAUGACAAAUUCCCCACCCACAAACAAACAAUUGAUGAGAAAAGCUCCACCGUGCCGGGGGGGGGGACGAUUCGACAAAUGACCGAGAGGGAUGGGUACGCUUGGAAUUGACUGAACCAUAAGGAUAUGAAACAAAUGCACUUGGGUGUGCUUUCCGCGUAAUUCUUUAUAAACACUGUUCAUCAACGAAAGAAAGAGUUUUUUGAAGUAAAUGAACAAAAUGACAUCAACAUGGGCGCAAACGGCGCUGCUUUUUGAUAUGUCGUGCAAACGAAAAGCCAUCCUGUCUUUUUAACAUUAAAAUGUUGAUUGUUUAAACGCAGAAUGAAUUCUGUUUGUUGCAGUUGGGUGUCUUCAUCACAAUUAACAAUUCAAAACCCACAAAACAAGGCUCAGCUCUGGUCGUUUCACUCAGUUUUUUCUUUGGCUACACAUUUCGUGGGACCCUUUCUGUUAGUUUUGCCGAUAGAACGAAAUAAUCUUUCCUUUGUGGUAAAAAGAAAAACAGGAAAAACCAUGAUCGACACUCUUGUUUAAUUAAACUUUGUUGAUCAGGCCAAUUUAUCAAGUCCACGACGCGACGGCGUCACUAAAGAGAAUUGGUUUGAAUACAGUUUUGAUCAUCGCUUUCAAUUAAGACCUAACGACGAUCCAAACAUUUUUAUUUUCACCGAUAAAACAAUAGAGUUAAACGAGGACCAUUUCAUAAAUCAGUCUGUGGCACGAAAUAUUACUUUUCCACUUUUAGAUAUAAGAUUAAAGUAGAGUUAAAAAAUAUUGUCAUUUCAAAUAAACACUGAAAGGGGGUGGCUGGUAAUCUCACUGACCAAAGUGGGAAAGUUGUGCGGGAAUUACACAGCAUGAAGAUAAUAUAAUAUAAUGGUUUUCCUAGUGUUUACCUAAACGUUAAGUAUUUUAAUUUAGAAGACAUGUCCCAGAACCAAUAAGAGCUUUCAGUUUCUGCUUAUUUAGAAAGUCACCGUGUUCAAGAUCGGUCUUCAAAUUAUUGCUCGCGGUUUUCAUCGGCCAAUGAACAAAGUUUAAUUAUCUUUUACCCAUUUUGUUGUUAUCAGCAGGUUGAUGAAUAUUGCAACAUUAGCAGCUGUAUUUGUGAUAACAACUUCCGAAUGUGAUACUUAGUUACCUCGCUACUCUUAGAUGUUGAGGUUCAGUUGUGUAAUAAUUGUAAAAUCUUCGCCUGUAUUUGCUAUCACGGUUUGAAGUCACUGUUUUGUGUGGUAACUUGCUGCAACUGACAAGAAGCCCUUUCGUGCCGCGUUUGAUGACCUUAUUUAAAAAGGUGGUGAUGAGAUAAACAUCCAUAAUCAUAGCGAGGAAAUGUGAUCACAGUCUUCAAGCAGUAUCAACAGAUAAGCUACACUGUCAAGUGCAACUGCGUUGGUGAUACGUCUUGCAAGAAGCGUGAAAGAAAUGUAAGUUUCCUCCAUUGUUCGUUCUUUUAAAAACUGUAUAAUUCAACUGAAUUAAAUGAUUUUUGUUUUGAUAUCCGAAAAUGAUAAUUUACGAGGAAAAAUUUCCAAUUCAUGGUACAAAAUUUCCUAAUCUAUCACGUUUGUAAAAAAGAAACUGAAAAAUGCAAAAUGAAGAUUGAACCAUCUCAUUAUUUCUUAUUAGUUUUAACUUUUCAACUAUGGUUAAUUCCAUCCGUUCCACGUUUCAGCAAAUGAUAAAUAAAACUGUUUGCCGUUAUUAAUUUUUUUUUCUAGAAACUUUUCUUGAAUGGUUGUCAACAAGUAACAUCUGUCAUCAUGUCCUGCACAGAGAACUGUACUCAAAAUGAAACGACUAUACAAGCAACCUACAUAAAUCCAGAAUUAUCUCCAGAAUCAGUUGUGAUUCUCACUGUCAUCUGUGUUUUAACAAGCAUGUUUGGAACCUUUGGAAAUUCCUUGGUUAUCCUUGCCGUAAUGAAAUCUGAAGGCCUUCGUAGUAUUCCUGACUUUGUCAUAUUAAGUUUAGCAUUUUCAGAUUUCACCGUCUGUUCUGUUUACCUACCUCUGUCGGCUUAUAAGUACAAUUACUAUACAAGCCCAAUAUCACAUCCUGAUUCAGCGUUUUCUAUCGUAACCAGCUUUUUUGGACACAUUUCCCUGAUCGGGUCUGUUACAAACAUGUUUGUUGUAACAGUUGAUCGCGUCAUUGCUAUACGAUUUCCGCUCAAAUAUCCGUCCAUCAUGACAGUCAAAACAGCCAUGUUCGCCAUUGCGCUGGUUUGGUUCAUUUCUUUCGCUUUUGGGGGGAUCUACGCACGGGACAUCGGCGUUUCACGGUUCAUUAUACUUUCUUACUGCAUUAUUCUUUUGUUAGUCACCCUCAGUAUGUACGCCUACAUCUUUUACGCCGCAAGGAAGCAAGAAAACAAAGUUCACUCUCUGAAUUCAUCCACGCAGCCAAAUAUUUCUACUGAUCAACAGAAAGCCGAGAAAAAAGCAGCAAAAACCAUUUUCACCGUUGUUGGAAUUUAUGGCCUGUGUUGGCUACCCUUAUUACUUCUCCCGAUCAUUGUUAAUCCUUCCACGGAGGAAGUUUUGUUUAAGAGAUGUUUUCCUUGGGUCCAAACGGUUCUGUCAUGUAAUUCUGCGCUGAAUCCGUAUGUUUAUUGUUUGAGAAGCCGUAAAUACCGCAAACAGUUUGCCAAGCUCUUGCGAAUAAAGGGUGCCGAAAAUAUUCAUUCCAACACGGCAUCGAACACCUAUACUCGCCACUAG